CGAGCCGUGCCGAGCCGUGCCCGAGGCCCUGCAGCCCGGUAGGGGCUGGGGGAGGCCGGGCCGCCCGGGCGCCCUCGAGGGCCGAGGUGCGAAAGCCCCUCCCGGCGGGGCAGGGGCAGGUGCGCAGCCCGGGGCGAGCGGCGGGCGGCGCCCCGGGAGCGAUGGAUUUUCGUGGGAAGAAGUACGAGCGCGGCAGUAACUGGUCGGACCCCGAGGUGGUGGAGCUGCUGCAGCUCUGGGCCGACGAGUCGGUGCAGAUAGAGCUGGAGAGCUGCUUGCGCAACCAGCACGUCUUCAACCGCAUCGCCGAGGUGCUGCGGGAGAAGGGCAUCCACCGGACGGGAGACCAGUGCCGGGAGAAGAUCAAGAAGAUGAAGCUGGAGUACCGGCGGAUCAAGGACAAUAGCAAGGCCCCGCGGGGCGGGCGGACAUGGAAGUUCUACGAGGUGAUGGACCGGGUGCUGACCAGCCGGCCCGCCCUGGCCUAUGGCUCCCUGAGCGGCAGCAUGAUGGCUCAGCAGGUGCUGCAGGGCAGCAUGGUGGAGAGCUACCACCACCAGUUCACCUCCUCUGCCCUGCCCUUUGGACACUCCCAGCACCCUGAGCUGAUGGAAAUCAAAUGUGAGGAGGUGAACUCUGAUGACCACAGCUUGACCCCAGAGCCCCCACAAGCCAUGUCUUACCAGCAGGGCUCCCCUGAAGAACAGGAGAUGGAGAGAGCCUUCUUGGAGAGGGCCCAAAAUGACUCUCCCAUCUCCAGGGUGGAGAUUCCCAUUGAAACCAGUGUUUCACCUUCAGGUUUCAGUGAGCCAAACAUGGCAAACUCAUCACGGAUCCAGAACGUUGUUCCCCGGCCUGGCUUCUCUGCCUUGCAUCGGCUGAGAAAAAAACGGAAAGGCCAGCGUCUGAGGGACCCACUGGAUGAUCUGCUGCUGAAGACUCUGACAUCUCAGCGGGCCAUGGAGGAGCGCUUUUUGCAGAUGGAAGAGCGACGCUUUCAGCGAGAUUUGGAUGUGGAGGAGCGUCGGAUGCAACUGGAGCAGCGCCGGUUUGAACUGGAGCGGGAACAUGAGUUUCGCAUGUUCAAUGUCUUUGCUCAAAUGCUCAGCAUCCUAAAGCAGAGCCAUAGUGGCUCCUCCUCCACUGUUGCCAUGCCUCAGGGUUUAGACUUCAGCCAGGCACUGUCCGAAAUUGAGGGAAUGGGAGGAAGAGGGAGCAACCAGCAAGAGAUGAGAGUUCGGUCGCUUGCCAAGAGGAGGAUUGACAUGCACAGCUUCUGUAACCCCAGUGGCUUCCAGAGAAGCCCCUACCUCUCUGCUCGUGGCAACUUUGCCAACGUUUUUCAGGGCUCCACUGAGGAAGGGUACAAAGCCUACCAUGCUGACAAGUAUGAUGAAGACAAGAACCCCAAUGGUAUAAUAAACUUUGGCACCAGUGAGAACAAGCUCUGCUUUGACCUGAUGUCCAAGCGGCUAAAAGAACAGCUGACACAGGCUGAUAUGAAUCUGAUGGACCCUUCACUGCUUCAGUAUCCUGACUGGAAAGGACAUCUGUUUUUACGGGAAGAAGUGGCUCGAUUUUUGACCUAUUACUGCAAGGCCCCUGCACCUCUCAAAGCAGAGAAUGUAAUUGUUUUAAAUGGUUGUGGCUCUUUAUUUUCUGCAUUAGCCACAGUCCUUUGUGAUCCAGGGGAAGCUAUUCUGAUUGCUACUCCCUGUUAUAGUGGUAUUGCCCAGAGUAUCUUCCUCUAUGGUAAUGUCAAGCUGGUGUAUGCCUAUUUAGACAGUAAGAUUACUGGAACAAGUACUCGGCCUUUUCAGCUUACAGUGGAAAAACUGGAAAAAGCCUUGCAGGAUGCCCAGGCAGAGGGUGUCACCGUAAGGGCCUUAAUUCUUUUGAACCCCCAAAAUCCCCUUGGGGACAUCUACUCCUUGUCAGAGCUACGGGAUUACCUGGAAUUUGCUAAAAGGCAUGAAUUGCAUGUGAUAGUAGAUGAGAUCUACAUGCUGUCAGUUUUUGACGAAUCAGCCACGUUUCACAGUGUCUUAGGCAUGGACAGAUUGCCUGAUCCACAGCGGACUCACGUGAUGUGGGGCAUAACCAAGGAUUUUGCUGUUUCUGGGAUUCGUUUUGGUACUUUAUAUACAGAGAACCAAGAUGUUGCUAAUGCAGUGGCUUCUUUGUGUUAUUUCCAUGGGGUUUGUGGACCUGUCCAGCACAAGGUUGCCCAGCUGCUUAGAGACAGAGACUGGAUCAACCAGGUGUACCUGAGGGCCAACCAUGCCCGCCUAAAAGCUGCCCAUACGUAUGUGACAGAUGAGCUGAAGACACUUGGGGUUCCUUUUCUCAACCGCAAUGCAGGCUUCUUUGUCUGGAUUGAUUUCCGAAAGUACCUUAAGACAGGCACAUUUGAGGAGGAGUUGCUGCUCUGGAAGCGUUUUCUGGAUAAUAAGGUCCUCCUGUCCUGUGGAAAAGCCUUUGAGUGCAGUGAACCUGGAUGGUUCCGCAUCAUCUUUGCUGACAAGACCCACCGGCUGCAGUUAGGUAUGCAACGGAUACGCAAGGUUUUGGAAGAGCGUGAGCAGGAGAUACUGGCUGAGGAGAAGGAGCAGCCUUGUCAAUCAGAUCAGGAUGGCAAAGCAGAUAGCACAGAUGAAGUCAUUUUUGUAUCUCGCCACCAGGACCCUAUCUGUGCCACUAGCUCCAGCCUUGGUGACCUCAUUGGCCUCCUGCAGCAACAGAUGCGUUCAUCUGACUGGCUACAGAAAAACACAGCUGAGCAAUUUGCCCAGGAGAAGCCAGAGAUCUAUGAUGUGUUCAGCAAACUGGUGGGGAAGCAAUAGGGGUCAGUGGGCUCCAGGGGCAUUCCUGAGCAGUGACUGACCCUGGGCUCCUAACAGCUCGGUAGUGACUUCCAGCAAAUAAUAUAUUUUCUGUAUAGCAAGAAAAUUACUUUGUAGGCCCCCUCCUCUCCCCCCUGUUUGAGAUCUCUGAUUUGUACUAUAUAGGUGUGUUUCCUUGGAUUGGGGUGAGGGUAGGGAAGGGGGGGUGUCUUGUUUGCAUGCUGCUCUCUGUUCUGCAGCAUCAUUGUAUUUUAUAUUUAAUUUCUAAUGAAUAUGCUCUUAACUCUCUUAUAAGGUCCUGUGGUGUAAUUUUUUCUUCUUCUUCACACUUUCCAAAAAGAGACUUUAGAUUGUUAAGUUAUGUGAAGUUUCCCUUUUCUUAAAUGAUGAUCAGAUGUAACCAUUUCAGAGCCAACUGUCUCACAGAGGUGUU